CACCUUGAAAAAUAUUAUCCAAUGUGUUUUUAUUUCGUCGGUUCACCAGUUCCAAAUUUCUAGCACGAUGUUGACGACGGUCUGCGUGUUAUCCGCACUGGCUCGUCGUUUCCCCCGCCCCUGGGCUCGAAAUCUUAGCACUCGGGAUGACGCCUCACCUUCGUCAACCACGCCCAAUGAAGACAAGUUCAAAUUUGACCCUCAUCUCUGGUCCACUUCGACCUCUUUCAACGCCGACGAAGUGGACAAAUUUCGGGCCAUGGCUCAGUCCUGGUGGGAUCCUCAAGGUCCUUGCCAACCCUUACACAGCAUGAACACCCUCCGAGUGUCCCUGGUGCGUCAAGGCCUACUUCAAACCGGAUUAAUUCCAGAGGAUCAAGCUCAAACUGGUCGAGAUCUGACGGGUUUGCGAAUUUUGGACGUAGGCUGUGGUGGUGGCCUCCUCAGUGAGCCCUUAGCCCGUCUAGGAGCCACAGUCACGGGCUUAGAUGCGGCUGAGGAGAAUAUACGCAUUGCUCAGGAACACGCUCAUCAAGAUGAAGCCAUUCGCGAACGACUCACCUACGAAGCUUGCACGGCCGAAGAUUUCUGCCAGCGGAAUCCCGAGGUUCAAUUUGAUGCCGUGGUGGCCUCGGAGGUCAUCGAACACGUGGAUCAACAGCCUUUGUUUGUGCACACGUGUAGUCAAUUGGUGCGUGAGCGGGGAUCCCUAUUCUUUACCACGCUGAAUCGCACCCAGGAGUCGUACCUGGCCGGGAUUGUGGCGGCCGAGUACGUUUUGCGGCUUUUACCCCGAGGCACGCACGAUUGGCAGAAAUUCGUCCAACCCGAGGAAUUGGAGGGGUGGUUGAAUGCGGCCGGGUGCCGAACCCGAUCCGUUCAAGGGAUGGUUUAUAUGCCCGUCUUCAAUACUUGGCAUUGGAUCCCGGUGAAUCGGGUUAAUUACGCCCUUCAUGCAGUCAAAGAACCCGCUUUAACUUCGUUUAUUGAUUAAAGAGUUAUAAUAAUAUCAGGAAGAGCCGAUAA